GGAAAUUAUCUUGUUUACGUUAUCGGUUCUAUAGUACUCAUCCGUCAGCCGAGCGGACCGGUCAAUUAUCUCAAUCGUAACCGCGACAAUGCCUGCCCCCAAGGAAUUUCUCGAAUACGUCGACAACAAGGCUGAUCUCUUCAUUCAACGUCUUUCCGAUGCAGUUGCGAUUAAAUCUGUCAGUAGCGACCCUCAAUGUCGAUCUGAGGUGAUCAAGAUGUCCAACUGGAUCAAGGACCAAUUCUCAGCUGUCGGCGUUGAUACUGAGCUUCGCGAUCUCGGGAAACAAAAUCUGGGCGGUGAAGAACUACCUCUCCCGCCUGCAGUCCUUGGUCGUCUCGGAAACGAUCCCACCAAGAAGACCGUGCUCGUGUACGGGCACUUUGAUGUCCAGCCAGCUAAUUUGUCUGAUGGAUGGGGCACCGAGCCUUUCAAGUUGGUGAUCAAAGAAAACGGUCAACUGGUCGGUCGUGGAUCAUCGGAUGAUAAGGGACCGGUUCUGGGCUGGCUGAACAUACUUCAGUACCACCAUGAAUGCAAGAAAGAACUUCCGGUUAACUUCCGCUGCUGUUUCGAGGGGAUGGAGGAGAGUGGAAGUGAAGGUCUUGAUGACCUUGUUAAACGUGAAUCCCAGUCAGGCGGCUGGUUUGACAGCGUCGAUUGUGUUUGCAUCUCCGACAACUAUUGGCUCAAUACCCGAACUCCUGCCAUCACAUAUGGCCUCAGAGGUUUGGCCUACUUCAAACUCAUGGUCUCAGGCCCCGCUAGGGACCUCCACUCUGGCGUUUUUGGUCGAAUGGUACAUGAACCUAUGACCGACUUGGUUAUACUCAUGUCAAAGUUGGUUGAUGUGAAUGGUCAUAUUCUGGUACCAGGUGUCGACGAGAUGGUCUCAGCCGCGGACGUAGAAGAGAGGAAAAUGUACGAGGGACUGGAUUACAGUAUCGCCGAUGUGGAUUCAGCAGUCGGUGCAUCUACCACACUAUCUUCAGACAUCGUUGAAGUCUUGAUGGGUCGCAUGAGAAUGCCCAGCUUAUCGUUACAUGGCAUUGAAGGCGCUUUCUACGGCACUGGAGCGAAGACCGUCAUUCCAGCUAAAGUUAUUGGGAAAUUCAGUAUUCGAUUAGUACCUCCACAAACUCCCGAUAACGUCGAACCUCUCGUUCGGAAGUACAUCGAAUCAGAAUUUGCCAAACUCGGAUCGAAAAAUACAUGCGUUCUAGAACCUGAGCAUGGCGGUAAGCCUUGGGUUGGAGAUAUCAACCAUUGGAAUUACGAGGCCGCUAAAGCUGCUACAAGGGCUGUUUAUGGCAGGGAGCCCGAUAUGACUCGAGAAGGUGGUUCGAUCCCCGUGACAUUAACCUUCGCAGAAUCUCUCGGUGUGAAUGUACUUUUACUACCAAUGGGUAGAGGAGAUGACGGAGCCCAUUCCACGAAUGAGAAGCUUGACCGGUCCAACUUUAUCGAGGGCACCAAACUUCUUGGAACCUAUUUAUACGAGAUCGCGGCGCUCAAGAAGUAGGGAUCUUUCAGAUCCUUUAAUAUUUUGAGUAAUGAAAAACCGGGAUGCCAUGUACUCUGUCUUGGGUACCAAUGAAGUCGUCUAACAGUGUUUUGAAUAUG